GACGCUAGCUCACAAAUCGCUGUAGAAAGUUUUAUUUUUGAGGUUUUUGAACUAUUUCGCGAUAAAAAUAAACGUGAUAAGAGCAAAUAAGAGCUAUUUGCAACUCCCGUCAUCAUUCCCGUUGGAAAAAUAGGCUUACCCGGCCGUAUAAACUGUACAAACCGUGGAAAACAGCGGUGCGAAAAGAUUACCAAAAAUACGACGCUGAAACGAAUCUUUGAAGUCGUUUCAAAGAAAGGAUUCUGCGAGCGCAGUAAUCUGCGGCCGUUACUCGAACGUUUGGAAAAGAACCCAUCAGAAACCGCUACUCAAUCAUCACAGCAAGAUAGCGCAGAGAGCUACCAAAGGGAACGAAAAGAUUGCACCUAAUCGUUCCGGCUCACAUCCGGAACAACCGGUACAUAGAAAUUCCCCAGCAAAGUAAGAGAUGUACACACAAAAUAGGGGCUUAUGGCCUUAGCAGUUUCUCUUUCUCUUACUGGAAGAUUGCCUUUGCAUUGCACAUUCGUCAUUUUUUAGGAUGCCGACGCAUAGAACAACGAACGCAUUACAGUUUCAACGGCUUGUACAGCUCAUGAAAAAACAUAUUGAUCUUGCCAGAGGCGUUUAUACAAACGUCCCCGGGGAGACGAACAAAAGAUGGAACGUUAUAGCAAGUGAGUUGAACUCCCUAGGCCCUCCAACGCGGAAUGGACACCAGUGGCAAAAGGUUUGGAUCGACACGAAAGGAAGAGUUAAAAAAAUUUUGAGACUUAAUAAAGCAGAACUAAAGUCAACAAAAUCAGAUAUCAAAAACGUAAAGCAACUAACCCCGUUGCAACGUGAAAUAGACGAACUACUCUCCCUGUCGCGCAUGGUCAACGCAUCGGAAGACUCUCUUGACACUGAUCAUACAACCAUGGACGAUGUAAAGCCACAACCGACAGAUCCUGAAGUCCUUGACGAACUAAUCAACGGAACCAAGCAAUCUUUUGAACCAAUCGAAAUAACGACGGUGGACCCGCUGCAAUUCUUCCAGACCACUCAUCAGCCGCAGGGUGACAGUAAAACACUCGAAAAACGAGUUGCUUUACUGAAAAAGCAGACACAAAUUCAAGAAGAAACGCUCCAGCGAUUUACACAAAUUCAGGAAAAUACCUGCGAAAUAGCCAAAUCCCUGCACAAAUUGGUCGACGCGCAAGAGAGGCGCAAUCAAAUCCUUGAAGCGGAGCUGGAAUUGAAACGACGAAAACUUGAGCUAAAAGAAAAGGAGUUGAUCCGGAAUGUAUCACAAUCGUAUUAAGUAAAAGGGAAUGAAGCUGCGCAUUUUAUGCACUACGGAAUAAAUAU